CCGGUUUCUCUCUCUCUCUCUCUCUCUCUCUCUCUUCCUGGUUUGGAAAGAAGUUGGAGGUAAAUGAUAAGCUGCUGAUCUGAAAUAAGAUGCCUGAAGAUGAGGAAAAGGUUAAUUUGCGUCGCCUCGAACCAGCCAUCCAGAAGUUUAUUAAAGUCGCAGUUCCAACAGACUUGGAGAGAUUACGAAAGCAUCAGAUAAACAUUGAGAAGUACCAGAGGUGUAGAUUAUGGGACAGAUUACAUGAAGAACACAUCAAUGCAGGCCGGACAGUUCAGCAAUUGCGAGCAAACAUCAGAGAGAUGGAGAAACUUUGUUCCCGGGUCCGGAAGGAAGACAUUCAGACGCUGGAGAGAAUGAUCAACCCAGUGAAAGAGCAGGCGUCGCUGGCUGUCAGAGAAUUUCUACGGCUUCAUUCUGAGUCUGCAGAAGAGCUUAAAAAACAGUUCAGUGAGACAGAGCUAUCACGUCAGGCUUCUUUAACCAGAUCUACAACUGUAGGAGCAGAAACAUUUUAUAACACUGGAGAUGAAGGAAGUUCUGAGAAUUUUACCCAGAUGUUUUCUCCACUCCCUGAAAUCCCCCAGGAUCAAAAUGCUGCAGAAUCAUGGGAGAUGCUAGAAGAGGACUUGAUUGAACUCAGCCACCUGGUGACAGACUUCUCUCUCCUAGUUAAUGCUCAGCAGGAGAAAGUUGACCAGAUCGAAGACAACGUCAGCACUGCUGUUGCGAAUGUCGAAGAGGGCAACAAAAGUUUGUCCAAGGCUGCAAAAUACAAACUAGCAGCUCUUCCAGUUGCAGGGGCCCUCAUUGGUGGCGUGGUUGGGGGCCCCAUUGGACUCCUGGCAGGAUUCAAAGUAGCUGGCAUUGCUGCGGCCCUCGGCGGUGGUGUGCUGGGUUUCACAGGUGGAAAACUGAUUCAGAAGAAGAGACAGAAGAAGAUUGAAGAACUCUCCUCCAGUUGUCCGGACUUCCCUCGACACAGUGACCGAAAAUGUAGCUGAAGGAGGUCACUCUUCUCACUCCCUCUUAUGUUAUAUGGCUGGUUAAUCCACUGCCAUCACUUUGGAUUUGUCUUGGAUGUGUGAGAGUCAAAAGCCAGCCCUGAGCGUUUUCCCAAUUCCUGAUAUGGAAGUGACAACCCUGACAAACAACUGAGAAUAUGAGUGAGAAUACCUGCCUUCUUUUUAUUUCUGGAAGAAUGAGAUCAACACUACUCAGCAGAAAAGAAGCGGAAAGACAAGUCCAAGGCGGUGUGUGUGUUUCCCCCAAAAUGCCUUUAUACAUCUUUUUUUCUCAUGCCAGAAUUGACAAUAUUACACUGUUUACAAAAUGCCUUUUCCUGCUAAAAUGUGGAGGGAUUUGCAGCUUACCUUUGCCUGUCUGGCUCAGGUGAAGACAGCGAGGAUUGCCCUCCUUCCCCCCAAGAACUACGUUAUUAGCAUCUUAUUUUUAACACUAGAAGUUCCCCUUCACCAGUCAUAAGUUUGCACAUCUUAAGGCAGGAACCCAGCUGUCUUCCAAAACGGUAGGAGAAAAAUCAGUAUUGGGAUUUGUAGAGGAAUGUUCACAAUUCACAGCCUGGGUUCACAAGCAUCUUCUUCAACUUAAGCUACCUUUCCAGGACUUGUAUAAGCUUAACUUAGCCUCCACAAAUAGCCAGCUCUUUGACUCUUCUCUGAACCCCUUUUCAUGUUGCUGUAGUAAGUGACAAGUGGUUGGAGAAGAAUAGUGAUCAGCCAAAGAUGAUGCCAAUACUCUGCCAAUCAAAUGCCUUUUGCUCUAUGGCCUUUCAGAGUUAACCAGUUUUGCUGGGGUUAAGGUUUCUGAAUAAGAAGCUGAACUGGGUGUGUGUUUUUUAAAAACGAGUUUUAACAUUUAUAAGAAAAGUUUUAUCACAUAUGUUUAGAAGUAGUCCUGAUUUGCCUCUCAUAAAACAUUACGACACUGCAGUAAUCUCCCUUCAUCUGCGGUUUUGCA